UGUUUCUUUCCCUUUUUUGUGCUGAAGUGUCAACUACUUCAGACCAGAGAAAGUUUUCUUCCUACUCUGGGGAAUAUGGUGGUAAUGGUGGAGACUAUUUUGAUCAGUCCAGCAACCAGUUUGAAGGCCCUAUAUCAGCGAUGAAAAUAAGGUCAAAUGACAGAGGUAUACUAAGCAUCCAGGUUUGCUAUGGUGGCAUAUGGUCCAAUAAUGAAGGAAAUACAGCAGGCCGCCCCUUGGACAUGCACCUGUCCUUUGGGGAGGGAUUGGUGCAGGUGAACGGCCGUUUCGGAAACACUGUGGAAUACCUGGCCUUCCGCACCAAUAUGGGCCAUGUCUUUGCCUUUGGGCCAAAUUCUGGUUUGGGAUUGCCAUUCACCGCAGAGCCUUCGCACCCCAACACAGUUCUGAGGUUCAUCAGUGGGAGAGACCCUGGAACCUACAGAAAAGAUGGACAGUGUUCCCUGAAAUACAUUUGCUCAGCUCAUCCAGUAGAUGUCGUGGGAAGAAGGAAUAACCUUGAGGAACAGGGGGAAGAGAUGCAACCAGGGCAAUAGAUAAAAGUAACCUGGAUCUGGGCAGAACUGUAACAUGAGAAAGCGUCUCAGACAAAAUCUCAUGAAGAUAAAGAGAGGGAGAGGGAAAGGGUAUUCAG